AUGCCCCGCUAUUGCGCAGCGAUUUGCUGUAAGAACCGGAGGGGACGGAAUAAUAAAGACCGGAAGCUGAGUUUUUAUCCGUUUCCUCUGCAUGACAAAGAAAGACUUGGAAAAUGGCUAAAGAAUAUGAAACGAGAUUCGUGGGUUCCUAGUAAAUACCAGUUCCUGUGUAGUGACCACUUUACUCCUGACUCUCUUGACAUCAGAUGGGGUAUUCGGUAUUUGAAACAAACUGCAAUUCCAACAAUAUUCUCUGUGCCUGAAGACGAUCAGGGAAAAGACCCUUCUCAAAAAAAGUCUCAGAAGACAAAAUUAGAGGAUAAAAAUGAAGUAUGGCUAAAAGCCAAAGCAGAAGAGUCAUUUGUAUCAAAUGAGUCAAAGAAAACUUUUGUCAACACAAAUGUGCUGUCUGGAUGUCCAGAAUUACCAGAUUCAUCUGAUUUGAUGAAGCUACCAGCUCUUAAAAUGGAGAGUAUACAAAAUAAUAUGCUAACUCUUAAAAUGAUUAAAAAAGAUAUUGAGGAACCAGAAACCACUUUGGAAACAUCAGUCAACCAAGAUACAGGUACUAGUUUUCAUACCUAUUUUGAGAAUAUACAAUCUAUACCUAUUACUAUGACAACUUCAGAUUCAGAAAAUAUUCAGCACUCUUUGGAUACCCAAGAAGUGUUUGAAAUAACUACUAGUCAUAUUACUAAUCCAAAUUUUACAAAUAAUUCUGUGGAAAUUAAGUCAGAGAAUCCAGUCUUAUUUAACACCAUCACUCAGACAGUGAAAGAAUUAAAUGCAAAUAAGGAAUCUGUUGUUGCCAUUUUUGUACCCAAUGAAAAUUCUAGAUCUCCAGUUAAUUCCUUUAUGCCUGCACAACAGAAAACUGUGGCAGUGGGGGACACAGGCUCUGAAGUAUCCUUAUAUAAGGAUGUUGAUUAUGGAACAGAAGUUUUACAGAUUGACCAUUCUUAUUGCAGACAAGACAUAAAUAAGGAACAUCUUUGGCAGAAAGUUUCUAAGCUUCAUUCAAAGAUCACUCUUCUGGAAUUGCAAGAGCAACAGACUUUAGGGAGAUUAAAGUCUUUGGAAACAUUAAUAAAGCAGCUAAAACAAGAAAACUGGCUAUCUGAAGAAAAUGUCAAGAUUAUUGAAGACCAUUUCACAACAUAUGAGGUUACUAUGUUAUAA